AUGGCGGCUGCCUCUAACAAAAGGCCACCAGACGAGCAACAAUUACCUACUUACAAACUGGUUGUUAUUGGUGAAGGUGGUGUUGGCAAAUCUUCAUUAACCAUUCAGUUUUUCCAGAAACAAUUUUUGGAUUAUUAUGACCCGACAAUUGAAGAUCAGUACAUACAGCAUUGUGAAAUUGAUGGCCAAUGGGUUAUUUUAGAUGUAUUGGAUACAGCUGGACAAGAGGAAUUUUCAGCAAUGCGUGAACAAUAUAUGCGGAGUGGAAGAGGUUUCCUGUUAGUCUACUCUGUUACGGAUGAGCAAAGCUUUCACGAAGCUAAAAAGCUUUAUCAGCAAGUACUUCGUGUUAAAGAUCGUCCUGAAUAUCCAGUGCUUCUUGUAGCAAAUAAGGUUGAUCUACUUAGUCAGAGGAAGGUUAGCGAACAGCAAGGUCGGGAACUGGCUUGUGAACUGAACAACAUUCCAUAUAUUGAGUAA